CAAGAUUAAGCAUUCCGCAAGCCACCUUUCCACCUGCGUUGCUGCAGGAAGGCACUCCAAGGGGUAAGUCGGUGCGACAUGGCUGAGGACGAAAGCAAGAGAGACUCCCUCCAGAUGAACAGGAAGGGAGGCCAGAUAAACAACGGGUUUGUCCAAAAUGAAGACAACCUAGAGCAGGACCCAGAUCCAGGCAGCUCACAAGACAACCCCCAGCAUAGCACCGUGCGCAUCGAUGACUCCCGGGAGCCCAGCUUCCAGGGCAUCCGGCCCUACGCGGGGAUGCCCAAGGAGGUGCUGUUCCAGUUCUCAGGCCAGGCCCGCUACCGGCUCCCCCGGGAGAUCCUCUUCUGGCUCACCAUUGCGUCCGUGCUUGUGCUCAUUGGGGCCACCAUAACCAUCAUCGUCAUCUCUCCAAAGUGCCUUGACUGGUGGCAGGAGGGGCCCAUGUACCAGAUCUACCCGAGGUCUUUCAAGGACAGCGACAAGGAUGGGAACGGAGAUCUGAAAGGUAUUCAAGAUAAACUGGACUACAUCACAACUUUAAAUGUAAAAACUAUUUGGAUUACUUCAUUUUAUAAAUCAUCCCUUAAAGACUUCAGAUAUGGUAUUGAAGACUUCCGAGAAAUUGAUCCCAUCUUUGGAACAAUGAAAGAUUUUGAGAACCUGCUUGCAGCAAUACAUGAUAAAGGUUUAAAAUUAAUAAUUGAUUUCAUACCCAACCACACCAGUGAUAAUCACACUUGGUUUCAACUGAGUCGGACACGGGUAGGGAAAUACACUGAUUAUUAUAUCUGGCAUGACUGUACCCAUGAAGACGGCACAACCAUCCCACCCAACAACUGGUUAAGUGUAUAUGGAAACUCCAGCUGGCACUUUGAUGAAGUGCGAAACCAAUGUUAUUUUCACCAGUUUACAAAAGAGCAACCCGAUUUAAAUUUCCGCAAUCUUGACGUUCAAGAAGAAGUAAACGAAAUUAUACAGUUCUGGCUUGCAAAGGGUGUUGAUGGCUUUAGUUUCGAUGCUGUUAGAUUUCUUCUAGAAGCAACACAUCUGAGAGAUGAGAUCCAAGUAAAUAAGACUCAAAUCCCGGACACGGUCACACACUACUCGGAGCUGUACCACGACUUCACCACCACACAGGUGGGAAUGCACAACAUCGCCCAGGGCUUUCGGCAGAUCAUGGACGAAUACAGCAGGGAGCCUGGCAGAUACAGGUUCAUGGGAAUUGAAGCCUAUACAGAGAGCAUCGACAGGACCAUGUUGUACUACGGGUUGCCAUUUAUCCAAGAAGCUGAUUUUCCCUUCAACCAUUACCUCACCAUGCUAGACACUCUUUCUGGGAACAAUGUGUAUGAGGUUAUCACAUCUUGGAUGGAAAAUAUGCCAGAAGGAAAAUGGCCUAAUUGGAUGAUUGGCGGACCAGACAUUUCCCGGCUGACUUCUCGUUUGGGGAAUGCAUAUGUCAAUGUGAUGAACAUGCUGCUUUUCACACUCCCUGGAACUCCCAUAACUUACUAUGGAGAAGAAAUAGGAAUGGGAAAUAUUUUAGCCUCAAAUCUCAAUGAAAGCUAUGAUAUUAAUACCCUUCUCUCAAAGUCACCAAUGCAGUGGGACAAUAGCUCAAAUGCUGGUUUUUCUGAAGCUAAUCACACCUGGUUACCCACCAGUUCAGAUUACCACACUGUGAAUGUUGAAGUCCAAAAGACUCAGCCCAGAUCGGCUUUGAAGUUAUAUCAAGAAUUAAGUCUACUUCAUGCCAAUGAGCUGAUUCUCAACAGGGGCUGGUUUUGCCAUUUGAGGAAUGAUAGCCCCUGUGUCGUGUACACGAGAGAGCUGGAUGGCAUAGACAAAGUCUUUAUCGUGGUUCUGAAUUUUGGAGAAUCAACACUGCUAAAUCUACAGGAAAUGAUUUCACAUCUUCCUGCAAGACUGAGAAUAAUAUUAAGUACCGAUUCUGCCUACACAGGCGGUGAAGUUGAUACAAGUGGCAUUUAUCUGAACAACGGAGAGGGACUCAUCCUUCAAUACAACACAAAGAAUCUCCUUCAUUACCAAACAGCUUUCAGAGACAGAUGCUUUGUUUCCAAUCGAGCAUGCUAUUCCAGUGUAUUAGACAUACUGUACACUUCGUGUUAGGCACCUCUAUGAAAGAGAUGACACUGGCAUUUUGUUGGUAUUUUAAGCAUUUGCAGUAGUUUCAUGUAUAGCAUGCUGCGGGAUAAACUUUCUGAACAAUCAUUAAUUCUCAGAUAUUUCUGUAGCUUGAAUAUAACUGCUUUAGGAAAGGUUUUCAAAUGCUUUGAAAAAAAUAAAAUGUUUAAAA